CUCAAUGAUGUUUGGCUCUUCCGCAGAGAGGAGUUAGCGAUGCGUCUGGAUUUAACAGAAGCCAGAGUUCAGGUCUGGUUUCAAAACAGAAGGGCAAAAUGGAGGAAACGUGAGAAAACUGAAAUGUUCGGGAACGUUCCAGGACUCUCCUUAACUCAGCCAUUGAAUCUGUUCUUGGAUGUUCCAUUGAGCCAGUCUCCCCUUCUGGACCAUGCAUGGCGAGCAGUGCCACUUUCAACAAUAGCGAUGCCAUCUGGAACUCCAGCACUCAACCCUGCAAACUUAGGGCCGUUUGGUCUCAGCAGUCUUGCCUGGACAUCUCUUUUCAGAAAUCCAAUUUUAAAUCCCCAUUUUGGAAGAUUUCUCAAUGCUUUAAAUCCUCUCAUGACAACAGCUUCAGUCUUAAUGAAAACUCCAGGACCCCCAUCAAACACUGCUCUCACCGCCUUCACUGAUCCGGCAGCAGUUGAAAGGAAAACGUCGAGCAUUGCAGCGCUAAGACUCAAAGCGAAAGAACAUUCAGCACAAAUCCCUCCAUUAAACUUCCUAGCCACUCUUACAAACACUAACAAAGAACUUUGUUAGGAACUUUCCCGCAGACUGCAGUAGCAUAGGAGAAAGCAAAUGCCGUCUCCCGUAAGUGGGUCCAGUUAUACAGAGGCAUACAAAAAAAACCCAAAUCCACUUCCCAUCUAUAGAUCUUCUCUCUGCAAAAUGGGCUGGAGGACAUGUUUAAUCCUGCUAAAAAUAGCUUUCUUCUAUUAUAACACAAAAUUGUACAGUCCUGUAGAAACUGAUUGACUGUUUACAGUGAAAUUUUGACUUUACAAAAGAGAUCAAGAAUUGGCUUGUCUACAUAAAUAAAACUAACAAAGAACAAGUUUGCUGUGAAAUGCCAUGAUAUGCUAGACAUUAGCACAAAGGUUGAAAAUCCUUUGUAGAAAUAACUUCAGAGUUCUAUUAACAAUCUUUACAUGUCAGGAGAAACUGUAUGACUACAAUAGUUUAGACCCAAGAAUCAAAAUACGGUAUGUUCUUAAUUUAAAGAUCAUGCUUCAUAUUGAAGUAUGAAUGACUGUGAAAUUUCACAAAAUAAACAGAAUGCCAGCAGGAAAGAGGUAUGAAAUAUUUUGAAUAUAGGUCUUUGAUUCAAAACUAGGUUUGUACAAAAUGUUUGUUUCAAACUAAAAUAAACAAAAGUUUGCUUAUGUUCAAUGUGGCAAUGUUUUAAUAAUUAAAUCCUAAGAUUUAGCUUUUGACCAUCAAACACUUUGUUAAUGAAAGUUGUGUCCUGUAAGAAAAAAAUGUGUUUGAAGUAAAUUGUGUAAUUCAAUAUAUUGCUGCAUAGUUACUAGUUUUAACCAUGAGGUUUCUGAAUGUUUUGGUGUAACUAAUGGCAAAUAGCAGCAGACUUAUCACAAAGUUAACUUUCCUUAUUUGUAAAUCUCUUCACAUUUAUUGUAUGCCUAAGCAGAUUCAGACUUGCACCCUUCUAAAAACUGCCCUUAAAAUGAUUAUUGGGAAGAAUAAAAAUUGAGGUUAUAGCUAAUAGAUAUUACAAUUUACAAAAACCUUCAGGCAAGCCAGUUGACAUCAACCUGAGUUUCCUCUGCUGUAAAAUCAGGGUGAGCAGACCAAGAACAAGCUCAUAUGCAGCUCUUGAUCCAGAAAUACUGAAGCAUGUUCCAAAGGAGGGUGAGUAUCAUCCCAUUUUACAGAACAGUUGCCUCUCCCAGAGCUGCUGUGAGCACUAUAGAAAUGUUCUGAAAACACUGUGCAAAUGCCAAAGGGUUAUAUUAAUGUUAAGCAUUGUAUGUUAAAUGGCAUCCUCAUUGGCAGAGGUGGCAGGGACUGAACCAACACAGGGACCAGCUUUGGUCUCACCAAAGAUGCUUUGAGUAGUGAACAGCGGUGAGGCAGGCUGGAGAAUCUCUCACUGAUGGUGCCUGUGUUUCUCCUGUUCCCCUGACUAUUCUGAUACGCUAUGGUCACAGAAAAAGCCCCCAAACCUCAGUCAACUUUUCAUGAUCUUAAUGCUCUGUAAAGCCAGGCUAUCGGUUCUCGACUUAGACUACAAUCAGCCUAGGUCUCUUGAUCACAUUUAUUCUGAAAGUGAACAAUGUCAAUACUGUUGCAGUGAGCGUGGCACAGAG